CCAUUCCGUACCAGUCAGUCUACCAGCGACGGUCGCAGCUAGUGGAAGCAUCCCGGAAAAGCUCUUCGAAGUGUUCUAGGUAUUUCUUUCACUGGAUACAACCUGUUAUUGGGGAAAACAGAAGAAGGUAGCUAGUUUUGUUUUGCGAAUGAUGUUCGACGAGCGGGAAGCUGCGGUUCGGUAAUCUGAUAUAUAGCCAAUUAAAUUAGUGUAAGUUGGUGCUACUCCAGCCAGACUAAACUGUACGCGUGCACCCAAGGACUGUUUACCAUAGGCAAAGUGGAACACCCGUGACUGGUCGAGAUUUACGCUGCAUGCCGUGUCGUGCAACGGCCAACUGAAGUGGGUGGUUAGAUUGCCGCUUAUGGGCGGAAAUGCAAUAGAAACAUCCACAGGAUAGUGUAAAGCGUAAAUUAAAGCGAAAAUUAAAAACAAACAAAACGCAGCCAGGCACGAGUGUUGAGUGAAGGAAAAAGACUGUGGACGGUUGAUGCACUUGGUGGUUUGAAAGUGCCGUCCGCUGCACCGAGCAUUCGCGAGAGUUUGAUGAUGAGGAAAAUAAAUUACGUGGCGGUUCCCAUGGUCGUUCAAGAAGCAGAGUGUUGAUGGAAAAGUGAAAUGGUGAAUAAAUUCAAAUAAAAUAUUUAUAAUCAAACAUCGGGCGGCAUGGUACGGUGGUGCGAGUACAAAGGCUGAUGGGUGUUUAAAAACAAAUUAAAACCAGGUCGCUCUGGCGGGAGUUUUUACCGCUGACCGUUGAUAGAGUGCCGCGUUACCGUGAAAGUGAUCUGGAGAAAGAUUUGGAUAAUUAAACAUUGGUGAAUGAAGACUGCGAGAGGUGUGAAUAAAGACUUCACAGCGCAGUGGGAUGCAUCGAGAGGAAAAGCGGAUGAUGAUGCAGCUCCAAGACAAGUCAAUUUGAAGUCCAUUACUUGAUGCUUUGUUGGCGCGAUGUUGAACUUAGCACGUAAACAGAUCCCGAGUUGAGAAACAGUGUUUUCAUCUGAAGUGAUUUGUCCUAGAAUCUACGUUUUAAUGUUUGGAUUUUCGCGGACUGAAACAGCAAAAGCGCUGCACGUAAACAUGAACUUUCUCGGUGUCACGUAUGCGCCAAAGUGUUUUAUGCUGCAUAGCAUCCGCUGCGGUGCGAAAUAUAUCAACACUCAGUGCUUAAGGGGGUGAAGGCUCUCGUACAGAUGUGAGUUUUGGAGAGUGAGCUGUAACACGUGUCCAAACAAAACCAAAAAGUAGUGAGUAGUAGCAAAGUGGAACUGCAUCUGCACACUUUGAGCGAGUAGAUUCCGCGUGCAAAAACUCCCCGACACAUAAACACAGUCAAUUAUAUUCGCAGUUCGCGGUUCGCUCGGCGGUACCGGGUUAGGUCGGCUAUUUAUUUCCCGGUAGCUGCAAAGUACUUCGGUUACGAGUGGAUUAGUGUUGCCUUACCGUUCAGGUGGAUUAAAAUGGCCAUCCUUCAUUCCUGUUGCUUGUGGCGGACGGUGCGCAAGGGAAGCUAUGCAAGCGUUAUCUACACAUUUUUCUACUUCGGCAUAUCCUGCAUCACAUUAUCGGUGUUCGUGCACGACGAGCGGAAGUUUCUAAAAGGAGAAGUUGAUAAACCCAGCGGGGAAAGCUUUUUGGAGAAGGAAAGCAUAUCAACAGUGACUGUGAUAUUCAACAUGCUGCUGCUAGCGUUUGCGAGUCUGGGAGUAGUUUCGUCGGUGCUAGUGAUAGUCGGAUUAAAAGUGGACAAACGAUCCUUCCUAUUGCCAUGGAUAGUCGUUAUGAUUGCCGAUUUGAUGGUGGAAUGCGCCCAUUUCGUCUAUCUGAUUGUGAUUCAGACGCUGGAGUUCGAACCGGUCACAGCGAUGCUGUUCACAAUUGAUUUCUUCAUUAUGUGUCUUAAUAUUUAUUGCUUGCUGUGUGUGAUAUCGCAGUAUCAGGAAUACAAGGCCGGCCGAGGUGGUGCGGAGGAUGACUCUUUUAUCGGGUCCUUCAACAUUCAGUACAGUCCACCGGCGGCUACUUGUCUACCCCAGGGGAAAUCAAUACGAAGUCCGGUGAUGUGUCCGCACACGAACUGCACGCUGAUACCGGAAGAGACACAGACGAACGGAACGAUUCAUGGAUGCCCAGCGAUGGCACCACCAGUGAAAUCUCCCUCGUCGUUCACUCGACAGAACUCGUUGCUGCUGAAAAAGCAUGUCAAAUUUAACCCCGGGGAGAAGGCGAAAGUAUGCUGCAGUGGAAUCAUCCACCCGGAAAACAUUCUGCCCAAGGAGGGCGGUCACAUGUUGCCAAUUGAAUCGCUGCCCGAGUACAGCGAAGACAUACGAUCCUGGAAGGAGCAAAAGAUGGUGAAACACUAUAAUACUCACAGAAAGUAGAAGUGAUGACAUCAGCAUCGAAACACAAACACGCGGGCGUGUGUUCAUAUCGCUUCUAAGGACUAGUUAUUUUAAUCGCUUCAACCUUGGCAAUGAAGACUAUCUCACGGUCAUAUUGGAGCCUGUUUCCGUACUUUCUAUAUGCUGCUACUCUCUUUGCUGCCGGAACCCUCCUAAGUGCUACCAAUUUGUGGUAGUACUUCGGUAUGUCGUUCCAUUAUUCACCUCCUAUCAAUUAAUCCUGACAUCGAAAGCGAAAAAGCAAACACUGCAUAAUUGGAAAAUACCACUAAACAAGAGUUUACAUUUUUUCCUUAAAAUUCUUCACUAUCUUACCUUCAACGCUAAAUCAAAUCCUAUUGCUAAUUAAGAUUAAAUCAGACGAUUGAGAAGAGAAACAUGACAAAAGGCGCUUUUUUAACAACCGAACCCGUGAUAACAGAGAAUCGAAGGAGGUAUAACUAUGUAGGAAUGACUGAGUAGAAAUACGUGCACCGUUGUAUGGAAGAACACAUAAGAGUGUAAAGAGUUGAACAGAAUGCUCCGUUUGAAAAGUCGGCCAAACCAAAGGUUGCUUUCUAUAGCGAGUAACCGUAAAACUUGUCACAUUGGGCCGCAAGGUGCGGCAGUAACGGAGCAUUCUGUUUGUCCCUAGGGGUACUUCAAUGCAGCCAAGUGGUCAAUAGGGAAUGUCGAUAAUUAAGAAUAGAGCCAAAUACCGUAGGUCAUAACAAGGUGCGCUAAGGAGUGAACGUGAGAAAAAAAAACCCAUUUGUGUAAACGUCUCAGCAUUUGAACGAUUCAAUUAAAAGGGAAAAUGAACAAUUAUAAUUAAGUAAUAUACAUAAACCGAGCAACCUACCUACACUCAACUGUCCACAAGCAAGUACAUUACGUCGCCAACGUUAGUGGCACAUUGCAUUCUCAAAAAUGGAAUAUCUCCUAUGUUCGAAUAUAAUAAUUACAGUUUUAAAUAAUUUAUUUCAAUUACGUUAAACCCGCAGUGGAUUCGUAAUCUAGGGAUGACCAAUCUAGGUGAAUCUACAAAAUUAAAUGUAUGUUUGCGCUUCAUGUAGCGCGUAUUCAAUGAACAGAGCCAGGUGUCUGUUCUAAUUCGAUUCAAAUUCAUUAUACAUAUUCAAUAUGAUCUACCCUCAGACUUGACCAUAAGAUACAAACUCCAAUGGUAGUGAAGUAAAAACAAAACGAAAAUUUCCUUGUUUUGGUAUAUCAAUGUUAAUUCAAUCGAUUCCUACUUCGCGGUAUAAUUUAUUGUAUCUACCUUGUCAAUAAUUCGUAAGAUAUGUAAUUAUAUGGGAUAGGUUACCAGAUUACGAAGGCAUUCAAGUACUGUUGAGUAUAAAACUGAGUAAGGCGGGGUGGCUCGAGAGAAAAGUUCAAACUUGGAUGUCUUGAGAAUACGCCAAAUACAUUCAGUAUUCAAGCAUGUGAACAAGAUCAUGUUAAGAUGUACGUUAAAAGUGAAUGACUCCGAUCAGAAGAUUUCAAACUAAAUUGUAUUAAAAUCGUUAGUAGUUAAAUAAUUUCAGAAAUAGCCAUUUGGCAUGUUUUUUUAUUAUAGAAGUUUUAAGCCUAUGGGCAUUCGCCUUUCUUCAGAUAAGAAAAAUCUCUAAACCUAUGUGCGGGUUUGGGAAUCGAACCCGGGUGAGCUAUGUACAAAGCAAUCGAUUUACCAACUGUGCAAUGUCCGCCCUUAUUUUGGUAUGAUCUUCUGAUCGGAAUGUAAGAAGUUCUUGCUCGAAAGGCAAAACAAGUGAUGUUAUUGUUGAUAAAUAAUAAAAAGAAAGAAACGAAAUGAGGUACCAAAUAGGAUUUUAAAGUGUGAUAUCUUUGUCAACUCAUUAACCAAUAAAAAGGAAGUAUAUUUGUAUCCCAUUGCUAAUAAGAAUCUUGUU